AUGGCAUCAUACGACACUGGUUGGGAAGAUGAACUAUUUCAACAUCCCGUUAGCCAAACUUUCCAUUGUGGUAUAUGUCUGAAUGUUUUGAAGGAUCCAGUUUCGUGUAGACAUGAUGAGCAUUUGUUCUGUCGAGCUUGUAUCACCAUACAUCUCAUGAACUUUCAAACAUGUCCAUCGUGUAUGGAACCACUCACUGUCGAAUCACUGCGCCAAGCACCUCGGACCGUAACCAACUUACUUUCCGAAUUAAAGAUCCGCUGUCAAUUCUUCGAUCGUGGUUGCGGACAGUUUGUUGAAUUAGGAGAUCUCGAAAGGCAUGUCACCGACUGUGGGUUUGCCCCAGCAGUCUGCUCUAACGAAGGAUGCCAACUUGAGGUGAAUAAACAAGAUUUACUACACCUUGAAACAGCUGUGUGUGAACUACGCAGAGUCAAGUGCCACAAUUGCAACGAAAUCAGACAAGAGAUGGAUACAGUGAAAGUUAAUUUGGCAGCAAUGAAUGAAAAGUUGAAAGGAGUUGGAGAACAGUCGGCCAGACACGAUAAACAGAUGGACAGAAAGCAGGAGGACGUCAAAACAGAAGUGGUCGCAAAAGUUGAACUGGUUCAAGAACAACUUCGAGGACAACUUAACAAGCAGGAAGAAUGCAAUCGUCAGCUUAAAGCGGACAAUGUAGAAAUGAAAAGAAGUUUAAAUGAAAUUACGAAAUCACCGGGGAAAAAAGAGCAACCAUACAGUCCUACUGGCGGAGUUCUUUUGUUUGUUGCUCUGUUCGACUACGACGCUCGGACUUCUCAGGACUUGACGUUUAGAAAAGGUGAUUAUCUUGAGGUUAAACAAGAAAACACGACCUACGAUUGGUGCUACGCAAAAUCUCGCUCGACAAAGCAAGAAGGCUAUAUACCAAGCAAUUAUGUUGCCGAAGUCAAAACCUUGGAAGCCGAAGAGUAAGUCAAUGCUUUACAUGAUUGUUAUAUUUUUUUUAAAUGGCAAAAAUUUGGUCAGACUGGCUUGAAAAUUCGCGCGAUAUCAACAUUGAAGUGGCUUUAAAAUUUUUCGUUCGGACUUCCUGUCAAAAGUUGCUAAUAUAGAAACCGAAUUUAGCAUGCAUGCCUUUACCCGUGCUUCGCUUUCGGCUGAAUUUAAUACACAUUAUAGAAUAAAAUAAUGUACAAAUAAUCCAUUUCUCUCUAGGACAGUACCUACGAUACCUUAUAGGCAAAUAUAUAUUUCCGUUUGUAAUGGAAUCAUGUCCAAAAUAUUGGUUUCACUUCUUAGAAUUUCAUAAUCAAAUUUGUCGCAGAAUGUAUCAAUUAUGUAUCAAAUUAUACCAUGGAUUGCAACAUAGCGAUUCGAAGUUAUUUGAACACUGUAUUUAAUAAUUAAUCUGUCUCUUAGUUUACUUGACACGCCCAGUUUCAGGAAAUUGAGCCACGUUUACUCAAACUCUCUGAAGCGGUGACUAUUUUGAAUUUCGAGUUUAACUAUUCCAUUUAAUUUUUUGCUUACCUGAGUCCUUUAGCGAGUUUGAGUUCGUGAUGUUCUAUUUGUUAUCAUGAUUACUAUUUUGGAGGUGGGUGCCCUGCAUGGGAACUUUUAUAAGAGUCCCGUUCGUACCUUACCUUUUUGGAUCUACAUUUGAUAUCUAGGUUAUAUUAACUUAAUGUAAUAUUUGUUCUGUUAUUUUCUUUUGUUCAGUGUUAAAAAUUGUGAAUAUCGAUGCAAAUAAAAUUUGUUAAAAUUAAAAAAAAAUUAAAAAUUAAAAUUAAAAUAUGUCAUAGCUUGUAUUGUAUGCAUUGUUGAAUUGUCUUUUGAACAUUUGUCACACAGGAAGUGGCUUUGACAUACCAAAAAAUCCUCAUGUUCAUUAAAGCUUAUUCAAUUAUUUUAAUUGUUUGAUGGCGAUCAAAUUAAUAGUUUAAGUUCGCUGCUUGCUGGUUGAUUGUGCUCAAAUAUAUGAGCCUAUGAGAGGCGUAGUUAGUUACCAUCUUUUUUUUUUCUUGAACAGAGGUCGAAUUCCUACAACUUACUACAGUAUACUGUCUGAAAAUCACAGUGAUUUCUUUAUCUCGCCUAAAGUGAAAGAAAGCGUUGUGCAUCGGUCCGCCGCGGUUUGACGCACAAGCUGCCAUAAUUUUCACUUGAGUCAUCUGUGAUGGUGAACAUAUUAUAAUGGCCAAUUGAAAAACUUCAUUGUGUAAAUUAGGACAAAAUUUUACCUAGAAUUGCCUUCUUUUUUUAACUUGAAUAAUAUAUAUUAUUUUAUUAACAUAUAUUAAUUGUAUUAUAUCAUUUAAAUUCUAGCUGGUUCUAUGGGAAAAUUUCUCGUACAGAAGCGCGGAAAUUCCUUCUGUCCCCCGCAAACAAACAUGGUGCGUACUUGAUCAGAGAAAGAGAGCAUGCAUUAUUUAACAAUUUUGCCCUGUCGGUUCGAGAUGGAGAUGUCGUUAAGCAUUACAGAAUAGAUUGUCAAGCGCUCGAUAACAAACAAGGUUUUUUCAUCACAAAAAGAAGGGAGUUUACGACCCUCCAGGAUUUGGUCGAGCACUAUAAAAAAAAGGCGGAUGGCCUUUGUGAUAAAUUAAGCGCCGCUUGUAGUUAUGAGGUACAGCUUUCUACUUUUCUAAUAGUACAUUAUUUCUUAAUUUAUUAUAUUCAUUAUUUCUUAAUGCAGCUUUUCAUUUUGUGAAACAAACUUGUUUAAACAUCCUUUGUACUCGACUAGUGCGACAGUUUUCUGUCUUCUGAAAGUCUACUUUCACGUGUGCAUACUUGAGCUCUCAUGUGAUUAGAAUAUAUUACUUUUGCUGCCCAAGUGAAAAGUCUUGGGUGAUAACUUCAUAGCUCAGUUUGUAGAGCUUUGGACAUUGCCAUUGUAGGUUCAAUUAUAUCAUUCAUGCAAAAUUUUCAGAUUACUAUGGAGACACUUGGACAGCGUCAUCUUGCCACUUUAAGUGGCAGUGUGUCCUGAUGUGGCCUAUGUUAUUAUUACACUCUGUCUAAUGCCAGAUUAUUUUACUCUGUGUAACAUCAGACGAUUUUACUCAUCAGGGGGAGAGUGCUGCCACUCAAUGGGCUAAUCAAACACCCACUAUGAACAUCCACUUUCCAAGGAUCGUUCUUUAACUGAAUAUAUAGUUAAAACAUGGAAUAAUGUUGGAAAAAUAGCCUCUCCUGAAAAAUUCGCCAGUUUAACAAUUUUUAAAAGCUUUCUGCAUGUGCAUUGGUCAACAGUACUUUUAAUGUUGAUAUGGCAUGCACUUGGUCGCUCACAAGAGACUGCCCCUGCCACACCGUUCUUAAUACGCAUGUUAUGUAAUAUAUAUUUGUAUAUAGUAAAUUAGGUUGAUUUUUUCCUUUUUUUUUGGAGGGGGUGCGCCUAGCAUGGGUCUCUUUGUACUGUUUGCGCUAUACCCUUUGGACUUAAACUUGUAAAUGUUUCUAUAUUUGUCCAAUAAAGCUGAUAAAUAAAUCAUCUCUUCAUCUGAAUACAUACCCAAAAUCAUUACAUUCAUGUUGUAAUGUUUUAGUUGGAAAAACCACAAACAGUUGGGCUGUCCUACAACAUGGCAGAUAAAUGGGAAAUCGACAAGAGCGCAGUGAAAUUCGUAAAAAAGCUUGGCGUAGGAAAUUUUGGAGAGGUCUGGCAAGGAAUCUGGAAUGGCACGACGCCAGUUGCAAUCAAAACCCUCAGAGAAGGAACCGUGCAACCUGAAGCGUUCUUAAAAGAAGCAGAAAUUAUGAAAAAACUGAUACAUCCAAAACUAGUGCAGUUGUACGCAGUAUGUUCGCGUGAAGAGCCAAUAUAUAUUGUAACGGAACUUAUGACGAAAGGUAGUUUGCUGGAAUACUUACACGGAGAAGGUCGAAGUAUUCUUGAUAUGCCAAAGAUGAUCGACAUCUCAGCCCAAGUUGCCGAGGGCAUGGAAUUCCUAGAAUCGCACGGUUUUGUGCACCGUAAUCUUGCCGCGAGAAAUGUCUUAGUUGGCGAUGGCUUGGUUGUCAAGAUUGCCGACUUCGGGCUGUCUCGAGUGCUGGUCAUUGAAGAUAUCUAUGAAGCGCACGAAGGUAUACGCUUUCCAAUCAAGUGAACUGCACCCGAGGCGUGUCUGGAAAAUAAGUUCUCAAUAAAGUCCGAUGUAUGGUCCUUUGGUAUUCUGCUGACUGAAAUAACGACUUUUGGAAGAAUUCCAUAUCCCGGUAUGACCAAUGCUGAGGUACGACAAUCAUCUUUUUCUAUUAAUACUUUUACCGAGUAAUUUUGUUGAGUUUUACCCUCUAAUUCGAUACAGUUAUAGAUGGACUUGAACCAAGUCUACUCAAUAUUAUGGGUAAGGUGUAAAAGAAAUACCUGUGGUUCCAGUUCCCGACCAACCCUAUUUUUUUCUGGCAACCCUAUUAUUUUUUCAACGCGAUUGACCGUGCGACCCUAUUUUCUCCAGGUGGUUGUGGGCUGCUCAUACAGUGUGCCAAAAUGGCGUCUGUUGUCACACUAAUAUUCAACCAAAUUGCCUAAAUUUGUUCAUAAGAAAUACGCAUUUGUAGCUAAUAUUGAUGUCGGGACUCUACUGCAAAUCGCCCAGCAAAAAAACUGCCAAAACCAUGAAAAAAUAUUUUUAAAAAAAUGUAUUUCCGACCUACCGACCCUAAUUUUUUCACGAUAUGAAACCGGAACCACAGGUAUUUUUUUACACCUAAAGGUUUACUUCGAUCACCCCAAAAUUGAGUAAAUUUUCUCAUAAAUGUUUUGCAGUGUAUCAGUACAUUUAGCUUUCAACAAUUUUUAGUGAUACGAAAGGUUGCUGACACGAACUACAGAAUGCCCAAACCCGCAAAAGUUCCGGAGAAACUCUACGCCAUCAUGUUAAAGUGUUGGUCAGCCGCAGCCGAAGAACGACCGACUUUCGAAACCCUCGCUUGGCAGUUAAAGGACUACUACCAGGACAAUUAA